UGCUACGUUGUCACCCCAAAGCGGUGAGCUGCAUCUUCCCGAUGUUGCACCCACUUCAUCAUCAAAACAAAACAAAAGACACGUCCUCGACUCUUGAGUAAUUCCACCAGCAGCUUAUCAAUUCAAUGGUAUUUAAUACUAUCCAGAUAUCGACUGGCAGCAGUACUUUACCAUGCUCUCGUGGUUUGCGAUCGAAGUGUGGACAAAGUAUGCUGUCGCCACUACUAUUAUGAUCCUCCGGUUCGUCACGCGAUGGAAGAUGGUAGGAUGGCGGAAAUUCGAUGGGACGGACCUGUGGUGUGUUAUUUCUACUGCGCUAUACACGACUGUAUCGACAUGCGACUAUCUUUUAAGCACGCCAAAAUACCCAACCAUUAUCGGGUUGAAUGCAGAGACUGCUAUGCAGGUUCCUGACGAGGACAUCCCUCUCCUGGAGAGAGGCUCCAAGAUUGCCCAUUUCUCCUGGACCAUGUAUAUAUGCAUGAUCUUCUCGUUCAAGGGCGUCAUGUUGUUCUUCUUGAAGAAAGUCGGAUCGGGCAUCUGGGAGGUACAAAUCUUCUACGCGACUAUAUUCACCGUGUGUGCCUGGAUAGCCUCAGUCUUGACCCACCUUUGCGCUUGCGUCCCUGUCGAGAGGGUCUGGCAGGUCAAGCCAUUUCCUGGACCGUAUUGCACCACUCGGCCACAGAACUACUACGUUGCAGGAGUCCUGAACAUGCUCACCGACUUCAUCAUCAUGAUCAUCCCGAUACCCAUGGUCUGGAGACUCCGGAUCAACAUCUUCCGCAAGAUCGCCCUGGGCCUCCUCUUCGGCUCCGGCAUCUUCAUCAUCAUCUGCACCAUCCUGCGCACCUACUACUCCCUCGGCGACGUCGGCGACAUCGCCGUCGCCCAGUCGUGGGCUGGCCGCGAGGGCCUGGUCUCCAUGAUCGUCGUCUCGGCCCCGGGCAUCUGGCCCCUGAUCCGCAAGUCGCGCUGGUUCGAUUCCACCUACCGCCGAUCGAACAGCAGCGACGACCACACGACGGGCGAGCCCUCCGCCCGGCGAUGGAAGAUCUCGGGGAGCGGGCGCGGACGACGUAGGCGAGAGACGGAUCUCGGGACCAUGGACCAUGAUGGGUAUUAUGAGCUGCCGGCGCGCAGCCCGGCGAUGCCUGGCGCCGAGCCGGUGAGUACCAGCGGAAGCCAGGAAUGUAUCGUUGGACCGCCGGCGGUCGGUGGCAAGGACGGGGUCAUGCCCAUUACUGUCACGACGGAAUAUUCGGUCGAACAUGAGGAAGCGACCUUAGCAGGGGGCCAGUCUCUGCACCCGUUUGCCAGGAUGAGAAGCUCAGACUGGGUAAACUAACUAACUGCAGACGGGCUUCACGCCCUCUCUCUCGCGCUGCCCUUGACGGUCGUGUGCAAGGCUUCUUGCAUGGUCGUUGUAUGAACAUCGAUGCAUAGAGUCGUGAGCAGCAGCACCCUGACGACUCCGUUGUGCUUCCUCAUUGGAGCCCACUAUCA